AUGAAGUUUACUGCAGCUUUCGCCAGCCUCUUGGCCACGGCACUCGCCGCCCCUGCCGCCGAACCUGCUCUGGUGGAGCGUGCUACUGGCAUCAACUACGUCCAGAACUACAACGGCAACCUCGGUGCCUUCAGCGCCAACCAGGGUGCCGGACAAUUCUCCAUGUACUGGGAGCAGGGAGUCAGCAACGACUUCGUUGUUGGUUUGGGCUGGACCACCGGUGCCGCCAGAUCUAUUUCCUACUCUGCCAACUACAACGCCGCCAACUCGGGCUCUUACCUCGCUGUGUACGGCUGGGUCAACUCCCCUCAGGCUGAAUACUACAUCGUCGAGAGCUACGGCAAUUACAACCCCUGCAGCUCGGGCUCGGCCACUGGCCUUGGUACCGUGUCCUCUGAUGGAGGCACCUACCAAGUCUGCUCCGACCUUCGGGUCAACCAGCCUUCCAUCACGGGAACUAGCACGUUCACCCAGUACUUCUCCGUUCGUCAGAGCAAGCGCACCUCUGGAACGGUGACUGUUGGUAACCACUUCAACUUCUGGGCUCAGCAUGGGUUCGGCAACAGCAACUUCAACUACCAGGUCAUGGCCGUCGAGGCUUGGAGUGGUUCUGGCAGCGCCGAGGUCACUAUCAACUAA